AUGUACAUUACAUACAACAAUUCUACAAUUGCCACUGUUCAGCAGAUCACUAUGCACAAAGCAGUGUUGAAAACAUUUAUCAAACCUGGGGUCAGAAGAUCACUGAACCAAAGAACGAAGCCUACAAUGUCCACACAGACAGAGCGACAGGGGUCCAUGACGGGAAUGGGAGACUGCAGAACACUAACACGGCGCAACAGGGACAGGACAAUGCCGGCGCUAAAGAGCUCCGGUGCCCCAAAGCACUUCUGUGUAUCGGCCACCACCGACUCCCGCCUGCUGUUCCUGAGCUCCCUCAUGAUGCCCAUUUCUGGGUGA